AUGCUGUCGCCAAACAGGAUUCCUGCCAAGAGGACACAUCGGGCAUCGAGCACCUGGUCCAAUGACUCUGGUUAUGGUUCCGGCAUCCACGAAGACGCAAAACUAAGCUGUAUUGUAGGUGUAGCCUAUCGAGAUCUGCUAUCUGGUGCGCUUGCUAAACAACAUCAGCUUGGCUCACGUGACAUUGCCUCCGCACGUAUCGGAGAGCCAUUGGUCCCUCAGCCUGUCAGCCUUGGCAUAUAUAGCCUUGCAAAGUUACAGCUCUACGACCAGGUUGCAAUUAAGGAGGAGGAACACGGCUGUGGUUUUGAUACACCUCGGCUACGCGUGUGCACCGCUCUCUCAACCACAUCCUCCACUGACACUGUUUCACCCGCUUCACCCGCUUCACCCGUCGAAGUCAGACGUUCACGCGCAGGAAAGUCCAGCAAACUUCCCUCGCAGGCUGUGAGUCGCCUCAAUGCCUGGCUUGAUGCAAACCGACACCAUCCAUACCCAGAUGCGGAGACAAAGCAGGCUUUAGCGGAUAAUUGUGGCAUUACAGUCAAGCAAGUCACCACGUGGUUCACCAACACCAGACAAAGACAACUGAAAUCUCAAGAGACUGAAGCACCAAGGCUUGGAGAUGGGGACGACCAAACCCCUAUACAAACUUCAAGGAAGGGUAAGAAGAAGGACUAUAGGCGCAGCAACGGCGCGUCGCCCAUCGAUGAUUUACUGUCUCCUCCCCAACUUUCACCCUAUGCCUCGAACUCGGAUUAUUCAGCCGGUGAAGGAGAGAAUUGGCAGUGCACAUUCUGCAACACCUCUCUGACGUCCAAAUCCUGGCGUCGCCACGAAGAAACGCAACAUCACCCAAAGUACCAGUGGACAUGCCUUGCCUUUGGUCCUCAGAUCCCGCUGCCAUCUUGCUCCUCAUCGAUCUGCGCCUUUUGCGAGCUCCAGAAUCCCGACGAGGACCACUUCCAGCGCUUCCAUCGCAUCGGAGAUUGCCUGUGCAAGGAUGCGAAAGAGCGGACAUUUGGCCGACCUGAUCACCUCCAACAACAUGCGAAGAAUUUCCACAAGGUGACACAGCCACUUUCCGAGUUAGUACGUGAUACAUGGCGCAUAGAUGGCCCUGGGUUGAUUGUCGAUAAGAUCUGGCCCUGUGGGUUUUGCCAGGAACUGCUUUACACGUGGGAUACAAGGCAGACACACAUCGCGAUGCACUUCAAGAGCGGUUCGACGAUGACAGAGUGGCGCACUUCGCAGUCAACGCGGCAGGGAGAGCACAGCAGCUUAAACGAAUCUGCUGCUCUAGACGCUCUUGCCAGCAUGGGCACCACCAUUGCAGGGCCCUCGACGCAUCGUCCGUACCAGGUUCCCCAAACCAACAUUGGAGCUGCCCAAUCUUUGGAGCUUCAAUCUGCUUCGACGACCACAUUUAUGCCUGCUUCGGCAGGUAUUCCAGACCUCGAAUUCGACCCAUUUUACGGGUGGGGCAAUUCGAUCGACACUUUCGUCCCAUCAACUACUGAUCUCAUGCUGACGUACCCUCAUGCAAGUAUGAUGCCAACCGCAACCCAGGGCAACGGCGCUUCGUCUGUGGACUAUGUAUGUGUAGGAUUCGACCAAUACGGCAGCCCGAUAUACGAACGCAAUGCCUGGAAUCUGUAG